UGUUACUGAUCAGCUGUUUACAGGUUUUCUACAGAACAGCGGAUCAGCCAAUAGUAAACAAAAAGUGCAGCUAAUUAUGCGUCGUGUUUAAGACGGUCAAAACUGCAGUUAAUUUAAAGAUUCGACAGUAAUGUCGUUCAAGUUAGAAUCCCGUUGCAAUAAACGAGGCAUUAAAAAAUGCCCCAAGUGUGGUACCUAUAAUGGCCAUCGAGCGAGCAGUUGUAAAAAUAAAACUUGUCGACACAUUCUUAGUGUCCCAAAAACCUCCAGAGCGGCAUCCGGCAGCGACUACUUCGCCGCGGUUCAAGUAAAACACUACUCCCAGGAGCAGUCUACAAAGUUGUUCAGCGUUCGAAAGUUGAAUGGUACUAAGAUGGUCCGUGGAUUCGUGGAAAUCCGUGAUGAAUCAGACGAACCGUUGCUACAAUUGAGGACGGCAAUUUGCUACGUAGAUUGCCGUCCCCAUACCGACCACGAGGGAACCUGUCAACAUGUACGCGUUGCUUCCGAAGCAAACGAGACGGCCGAAGAACUUGUUAUUCAGCAGCAAUGUUUGGACAUGCUGAACGUUACUAUCGAUGUGAGAGAGGCGAUUUGGAAGCAACAAUUAAGCUGCAGCACUGAGAAUGGUCCACUGGUCCAGAAAGUAUCGGCGGAUACCUUUGUGGUGAGGUGUGAUGAUGAGUUUCAUCAACCUGUACCGUUUUGUCACGUGCAGCUGAAGCAUCCGGACAGCAUUAUCUACGAUUGCCAAAUAUUGGAUACAUAUGAAGGGGGCUCUUCGUGUUACCAUGCUUUCAUCGUUGCUGCUGCUAUUCUAAGUGCUCCAAAGUAUUAUCCAGUGUUUCGUCAAGUUAUAAGUCACCUACUGACACCUACAGGCAAGGCGUUUGCUCCAAGCGAAAUCUCGAUUGUGGACAGUGCGAUUCUAUUUUCCAACAAUUCUACAGCCCAGUGUAGUUUACUGGAAGAAUUAACAACCGUAAAAAGCUGUGAUCAGUUUUUAGUCGCAACGAUACAAGAACCACAGUCGGAUGGACAGAUUUCUUUCAAAUCUGAACAAAUUGCUACGGAUUUUAUUGAUCCUAGUAUCGAGGACAACGGUCCGAGAUCGCCAAUUAUUGAACUAGUCAACAGUACCGAAAAUAGCAUUUGCGCUACGGAGACUUUCGCUGCCAGUUAUGACGAUAACCUGCAACUGAUGGACUGCCAAAUUGAGCUGAUGGAUCAGUUUAAUCUAACGGAUCGGAUCGAUUUCUGUCCCUCGGAUGUUGAGCUCAGUGACGAUAAUCUUGUAUUUCCGGUCGAGAAUGCUUUGGACAACGAGGCGAUAGAUGAUGUCGAGCCCCAAACGGAGCCCAGUAGUUCAAAGAAAUCCACCAAAGAACGUUCGAAGCUGGUUGAAGUGACGACGAAAAAGUCCGCCCUAAGACAAACUGCAAAAAUUUCCAAAGAUAAGAUGAAAAAAGGAAGCUAUAACGUGAGACGAUUGAUGAAAAUCCUGGAAUCGAACGGUGUUGUGUUCAACAGGUUGAAACAACGCGAAGCGGUGGAGAUGGCGGCACAGGCAGAUAGUUCGUACACAGCGGAAUCGUUACCCUCGUACGAGGCAACGCGGUGCAGUUUGAGUUUCACCCAUUGGCUGGAAUCGGUGAUAGAACAGCUCAACUCCGUGAUCGAAUAUGGGGGGAACGGAAAACCUGAAGUGCAAAUUUUCACCAUACACGAGAAUUUUUUCAAAUGUUUGCGGGCACGAUUUUCGGUGGGGCAUCAGCUACGGAUGCCAGAUCACAGCAUCGAGCUGACUGGAACCCAGAGAAAGGGGCGCACGUGCCAGGUUUUUAAAUUCACGUGCUACAAAAGUUUGCGCCAUGUGUUUAAAACUGAUAAGAUUGCGCUAAAAUUCGAGAAAUCGUUCUGCCGAACUGCUACUGGUAUUUACGAAGAAAUUGACCUCUCCAAUGUCCCUGUCAGUCAUGCGUUCGCAUCCAAAGGUAAACGAGCCCUCAUUAAAGCAUUUGAGUAUAAAACUUACAUCAAAAUGGGUACUUACAAAGCUGACACUGACGGGAAGGUUCAUUAUUUCGUGAUCGAGUGGAUCGCCGGGGUGCUUCCUAGUAGUGGCUUUGGUGAAAUGCGGAUUACGCUGGAGUAUGGCCAUAAGGAAAAUCACAUGUAUGUGAAUCCGCCGAAGAUUGUAGACACCGAGGACGGACUUUCGGCAUUGAUUGAGUCCAACAGCUGAGGAAUAUUUACAGUCCACAAUAUUCUAUUGU